AUGAGGAUGUGAUAUGAGGAAAACCAGUUUUGCUUUGAAAGUAAUAAUAGAGAAGAUAUUCACUUCUUCUCAAUCAGCACGCUGCUUUUAAAGGCAGAUUUUACUCUGGAGUCAAAUAUUGUGGAAAAAUACCAUUAUAACUUAAACUGAUGGGUAUUCAGUAGCUGAAGUAAAAUAAUGAUUAAAGUGGCAGCAAAUUAUACGAGCUGCUCAAGCUGAGAAGAAAUAAUAUAA